UACGUAAUCCCAUUCAGCACUUAGAGGAGUUGUCAGGGGGAGCCAAGCCCAAAGAGGGGCCAACAGCAGCACUCAAUACAACGCCAUCCCAUUGUCUGGUUGGAGAAAGAAACACCGAAAGCAGAGAGAGCGUGAGACAAGAGAGGAGGCAAGAGAGGAGGGUGGGUGAAAGCAGAAGGAAACUCAGCAAAUCUGCCCCUUUGACCCGUGUACAGCUUGGGAAUAUGGGGAACACCAAGAGCGGUGCUUUGUCCAAGGAGAUUCUGGAUGAUCUGAAGCUGAACACCAAAUACACGGAGGAAGAGCUCUGCGCAUGGUACGCCACCUUCCUCAAAGAGUGUCCGUCCGGACGCAUCACCAAGGAACAGUUUGAGGGCAUCUAUGCCAGUUUCUUUCCAGAUGCCGACCCUACUGCUUACGCUCGGCACGUCUUCCGCAGCUUUGACACUAAUGCCGACGGCACCUUGGACUUUAAGGAGUACAUUGUGGCGCUGCACCUUACCUCGUCCGGCAAGACCCUGCGCAAACUCGAAUGGGCGUUUGCUCUGUAUGAUGUAGACGGCAAUGGGACCAUCAGUAAAAAUGAGGUGCAGGAGAUCGUACGAUCAAUAUUCAACAUGAUUCCUGUCGAAGACCAGAAAAACCUUCCGGAAGAUGAGAACACACCAGAAAAGCGAGCUGACAAAAUCUGGACUUUUUUCAGAAAGAAAGAAGAUGAUAAGAUUGGAGAGGGGGAAUUCAUUCAGGGUGUCAUGGAAAACAAAGACAUCUUGAGGUUGAUACAGUUCGAUGAGCCAAAGAAGAUUCAGGAAAAACUCAAGGAGAAGAAGCAUUAAUGGCCACAUUCCCAUGAGACUGAUCAGAGCUUGAUUUCCAUUAAUUUGACACCAAACCUACACGACCCAGACUGAUUCUCCAGGCCACACACUGGAGACAUUCAGACACUCUAUUCAUACACACUUCAAAGCCAUAAACCAGACUAACCUAGCUUUUCUUAUAACACAUGCAAGACUUGUGCUCUGGAUCACCACCGCUACCUGAAGGGCCUCACUGCUAUUUCGAUUGCUUUUAGAAUCCAAUCGAUAAGAGGUCCAAUCGAAUUAGGCUCGUGUUAACAGUCUCUGCUCAAUCCUCUUAGAAUCUGAAGGUCGGGUAAGACAAAUCCACAGGGUCCAGUGGCUCUCCUCUUUUAGAUCCCUUCAGGGUUAAGCAGGGGCGUGUGUAGAGCAUUUUAAAUGGGGGAGGGGUAGGGGGAUGGGUAGGCUGGGGCACUGCCUCCAAAUGAAAAAAAAAAACAUUGUAGAAUCAAUGGUACACUAUUAAGAAGUGCAAACCUGCAAAUGUUAUCUUAGGGAGCUAUUUCUACCUGAUCUAACCCUUACAUUUCAUUUUAUCACUGUAACCUAAUGAAGGUUGAUUAGGUUAAUAAUUUUGGGUUGAAUAAAAUCAAAUAAAUUACAUGUUACCACAUGAGAAAUUGUACAUAUUCAAUGAAGGAAAAUACUUAAAGGGACUUCAAAGCUUUACUCAAAUGAAAACACUUUCAUCAUCCUCAUGACAGUACAUAUGGUUUUGCCUUAUACCUAAAGGCUACAACACACACCAGUUGUUGUAACGUGCGGAGUUAUACAAUUAUAACAUAUAGAGUGUAUACACAAUGUAUAUGAUAGAUUGAUUGCACAGUGUAGAGAGAUUCAUUGAUCAUAACACAACUUUGUGUGAUCACAAUGAACAAAGAGUGACGGCUUUUUAGUGAUUAUGAAGAGAGCGCUCUUUGAGAGCUUUCUAUAAUCCAUUCAAAAUGCAGAACUUUUGUUUUUCGGCCACACUCGUUGCAAAGUUUUGGGAAUUACAUCUGCAUAUUUAUGCGGGAUUCACUCUCGACAUAGCAGUGAUUGACAUAGUGAAAACUAUAAUGGGACAAAAUAUGUGAAAAUGUGCAUUAAGACUAGAGCACCCUCACUAAUUUCAGAAGCAACCUCAGUGAUUUAUUUCUGGAAACCGGGACUGGUUGAUACACUUUUAUUGUAUAACUAUAUACAAAAACAACAAAAAUAC